UAUUCUUCUCCUUCUUCUUUCUUUACAUAAAGCAAUCAAUCACCUUUUAUCAAAUGAUCCACCACCACCUCCUCCUCCAUCUCCACCACCACAAGCACCACCACUUCUUGAUGAAGAAGAUGGUGGUUGUACUACUACAGAUCAAACACAUUUGAAGAAGAAGAUAGAGGGAGAAGUUUAAGGGGUUUGUUGGGUUUGGAGAACAAUGGGUCAAGGAUUGAGUUGUACCAGAAAUAGUGAUGAUGGUGGGUUGUUUAAUGCAGUUAAAAUUGGUGAUUUAGAAUGUGUUGAGAGUCUUUUGAGAAGAAACCCAAGUUUGAUACAUCAGCUUACUGUUUGUGAUAAGCUUUCUUCUCUUCAUAUUGCUGCUGCUAAUGGCCAGAUCCAGAUUGUUUCCAUGAUGUUGGGGAAAUCAAUUAAUCCAGAUAUACUGAAUCGGAAUAAACAAACUCCAUUAAUGUUGGCAGCAAUGCAUGGAAAGAUUGAGUGUGUGGAGAUGUUGAUUCUAGCAGGAGCAAAUAUACUGAUGUUUGAUUCACUAAGUGGAAGAACUUGUUUACACUAUGCUGCUUAUUAUGGUCAUUCUGACUGCUUACAAGCCAUUCUUUCGGCAGCUCAAUCGACCCCAGUUGCAGAUUCUUGGGGAUUUGCAAGAUUUGUAAAUGUUAGAGAUGGUAAAGGAGCAACUCCAUUACAUUUAGCGGCUCGUCAACGACGACCUGAAUGUGUUCGCAUUUUAUUGGACAGUGGAUCUCUUGCUUGUGCUUCUACCAGUGGAUACGGUUGCCCUGGGAGUACUCCUCUUCAUUUGGCGGCUCGUGGUGGUUCAUUGGAUUGCAUCCGAGAGUUACUUGCUUGGGGAGCAGAUCGGCUGCAAAGAGACUCGUCUGGAAGAAUUCCAUACUUAGUUGCAGUCAAAUAUAAACAUGGAGCAUGUGCUGCAUUGCUCAACCCUUCAGCAGCAGAGCCUCUUGUUUGGCCUUCACCUCUGAAAUUCAUAAGUGAGCUUAAUCCAGAUGCUAAGGUUCUUCUAGAGAGGGCUCUUGUUGAAGCUAACAAGGAGAGGGAGAAGAAUAUAUUUAAAGGAACACCGUACUCGCUUCCAUCACCGUCACGUUCUGAUGCUGAGAUUGAUGACAAUAUCUCCGAGAUCAGUGAAGCUGAAUUGUGCUGCAUAUGCUUUGAUCAAGUCUGCACGAUUGAAGUCCAAGGCUGCGGUCACCAAAUGUGUGCGCACUGCACACUAGCCCUAUGCUGCCACAACAAACCCAACCCCAACACCACAUUCCUUCCCAUCCCAGUCUGCCCCUUUUGCAGAAGCAACAUUUCUCAAUUACUGGUGGCGAAGACAAAAACUGGUGAUGAAUUAGAUAUUGAUCUCAACUCCUCGAAGCCAACAAAAUCUAGGAAAUCUCUUACCCUCAGUGAAGAAAGUAGUAGCUUCAUGGGUAUCUCAGGCUUGGGUUCAUUCACAAAAAUGGGUACACGGGGUUCAGGAAAAGUUGCCGAUGCUAGCGACGACUCUGUCGAUAAGCCUAUUGAUUAGUAAAACCCAAAAAUUGGGUGGGUAUAUAUAUUAUAUAGGAAACCAGUUCCAUCUGCUGUGUAGAUUUUCGGGAAUCUCUUAAAAUGAGCAGAAAGGAAAUGGAGAUUGAUUCAGAAUAAACAUUAGGAUGGUAUUACAAAUUAGAGUUGAUGAGUCUAGUUCAAGAGUCUUUGAAUCUUAAAGAUGUAAUCUUUUUUCACCUUGAAAAAUAGUUGAAAAUUUCUGUGGUACACAAAUUCUUAUUUAUUGAAUUCAGAAUGUAGCACCCUAUCA